CACACACUCACUCACUCCCCCUACUCCACCCCACCAGCCGCGUUUUUGCAAUUAUGAGUGUUGCAACCAGACAGCCAUGCUCAAUUGGGGAGGCGGGUUGGGGGGUACUUCUCUCUCCCCGGGCGCAAGCAAGCCCCCCACCGCCCACCGCCCCUAGACUGCCCUCCGCAGCUGGAGGCAGAUUUGCAAAGGCCACUGGGUCUCUGAGGCAGGGGUGGGGGUUGGGGGGGCAGGCCUCCGGCGCACCGUAAACAAACCGCGGCGCGGCGGGCGGGGGAGCUCCGGCAGCGGGGCCCGGCCCGGGAAUGCGCCGCAGACCCGCCGGACAGAGGCCGGGCGGGCCCUCCAAGGGGAGGCCCAGACGCCAUCUCCGCCGGCAAACCCGGAGGCCCACCGACCUCCCAGCAGCACCUCCCUUUCCUAGGGUCUCCAUAGCUCCCACCUUAAAGCUGGCGGCCAGUGGCCUCGCCGCCUCAGAGUGAAAUCAUGAAGGUGGUGAACCUGAAGCAAGCCAUUUUGCAAGCUUGGAAGGAGCGAUGGAGUGACUACCAAUGGGCAAUCAAUAUGAAGAAAUUCUUCCCCAAAGGAGCCACCUGGGACAUUCUCAACCUGGCAGAAGCAUUGCUGGAGCAGGCCAUGAUUGGACCUUCCCCCAAUCCUCUCAUCCUGUCUUACCUGAAGUAUGCCAUUAGUUCCCAGAUGGUGUCCUACUCUUCUGUCCUCACAGCUAUCAGUAAGUUUGAUGACUUUUCCCGGGACCUGUGUGUACAGGCUUUGCUGGAUAUCAUGGACAUGUUUUGUGACCGACUAAGCUGUCAUGGCAAAGCAGAGGAGUGCAUCGGGCUGUGCCGGGCUCUUCUCAGCGCCCUCCACUGGUUGCUGCGAUGCACGGCGGCCUUUGCAGAACGGCUCCAGGAAGGACUGGAGGCAGGCACUCCAGCCACUGGGGAGAAACAGCUUGCCAUGUGCCUGCAGUGCCUGGAGAAGACCCUCAGCAGUACCAAGAACCGAGCCCUACUGCACAUCGCCAAACUAGAGGAGGCCUCCUCCUGGACAGCUAUUGAGCAUUCACUCUUGAAGCUUGGGGAGAUCCUGGCCAAUCUCAGCAACACCCAACUCCGGAGCCAGGCUGAGCAGUGUGGCACACUCAUUAGGAGUAUCCCCACGAUGCUGUCUGUGCACUCAGAGCAGCUGCAUAAAACCGGCUUCCCUACUGUCCAUGCGCUGGUCUUGCUCGAGGGCACCAUGAACCUGACAGGCGAGACACAGCCCCUAGUGGAGCAGCUGAUGAUGGUGAAGCGCAUGCAGCAUAUUCCUACUCCACUGUUUGUCCUGGAGAUCUGGAAAGCUUGCUUCGUGGGGCUCAUUGAGUCUCCUGAGGGGACACAGGAGCUCAAGUGGACAGCUUUCACUUACCUCAAGAUUCCACAGGUUUUGGUGAAGUUGAAGGAAUAUUCUCAUGGGGACAAGGACUUCACGGAGGAUGUCAACUGUGCUUUUGAAUUCUUGCUGAAGCUUACACCCUUGUUGGACAAAGCCGACCAGCGCUGCAAGUAUGAAUUCCCCUGCUUACCUCUGCUCCACUGGAAGGUGUUCUGGACCCUUCUCCUGCUCCCUGUGCUAGAUGAGCUGAGGAGACUUUCCUUGUUGGCUUCCCUUGGCAGGGGCCAGAGACAGCAAGACCGUGUUGCCCAGAGACCCCUGCUUUCCCUUGGGCACUCCAAUUGUCUUUAUCCUAAACAGGGUUGGAGACUGGACAGGAAUCAUUUUGCCCAUUCCUCAAUGCUCUUUGUGUUCACUUCCCUUUUCCUUGUUUUUUCUCAUAGCUGUGACUGUACAAACUUCCUCCUCCAAGAAUGUAACAAGCAAGGGCUUCUGUCUGAAGCCAAUUUUGCCAAUCUUGUGGCCAAGCGUGCAGCAGACCGGGACCCAGAGCUAAAAUCAUCAGAAAAUGCCAACAUCCAGCCCAAUCCCGGGUUGAUCCUCCGGGCAGAGCCCACUGUCACAAACAUCCUCAAGACGAUGGAUGCAGACCACUCCAAGUCCCCAGAGGGAUUGCUGGGAGUCCUGGGACACAUGCUGUCCGGGAAGAGCCUGGACUUACUGCUGGCUGCUGCUGCCGCCACCGGGAAACUUAAAUCCUUUGCCCGGAAAUUCAUCAAUCUGAAUGAGUUCACAACCCAUGGCAAUGAGUUCACCACCCAUGGGAGCGGAGAGAGCACCAAAACAGCCUCAGUUCGUGCCUUGCUCUUUGACAUCUCUUUCCUCAUGCUGUGCCAUGUGGCCCAGACCUAUGGCUCAGAGGUGAUUCUGUCCGAGGUGAGCACAGGAGCAGAGGUGCCCUUUUUUGAGACCUGGAUGCAGACUUGCAUGCCUGAGCCGGGCAAGAUCCUGAACCCUGACCACCCCUGUUUCCGGCCUGACUCCACGAAAGUAGAGUCUUUGGUAGCCCUUCUCAACAAUUCCUCGGAGAUGAAGCUGGUGCAGAUGAAGUGGCAUGAAGCUUGUCUCAGCAUUUCAGCAGCCAUCUUAGAAAUCCUCAAUGCCUGGGAAAAUGGGGUUCUGGCCUUCGAGUCUAUCCAGAAAAUCACAGAUAAUAUCAAGGGAAAGGUAUGCAGCCUGGCGGUGUGUGCCGUGGCUUGGCUUGUGGCCCACGUCCGGAUGCUGGGGUUAGAUGAGCGUGAGAAGUCGCUACAGAUGAUCCGUCAGCUGGCAGGGCCACUGUACAGUGAGAAUACCCUGCAGUUCUACAAGGAGAGGGUAGUGAUUAUGAGCUCGAUCUUGGAGCACAUGUGUGCAGAUGUGCUACAGCAGACAGCCACACAGAUCAAGUUCCCAUCUGCGGGGGUAGACACGAUGCCCUACUGGAACCUGCUGCCCCCCAAGCGCCCUAUCAAGGAGGUGUUGACGGAUAUCUUUGCCAAGGUGCUGGAGAAGGGUUGGGUGGACAGCCGCUCCAUCCAUAUCCUCGACACCCUUCUGCACAUGGGGGGUGUCUAUUGGUUCUGCAACAACCUGAUUAAGGAGCUGUUGAAGGAGACGCGGAAGGAGCACACACUUCAGGCAGUGGAGCUGCUCUACUCCAUCUUCUGUCUGGACAUGCAGCAAGUGACUCUGGUCCUGCUGGGCCACAUCCUGCCUGGCCUGCUCACUGACUCCUCCAAGUGGCAGAACCUCAUGGACCCUCCUGGCACUGCACUGGCCAAAUUAGCUGUGUGGUGUGCCCUGAGUUCUUAUUCUUCGCACAAGGGACAGGCAUCUUCCCGCCAAAAGAAGAGACACCGGGAAGACAUUGAGGAUUACAUCAGCCUGUUCCCUGUGGAAGACAUGCAGCCUUCGAAACUGAUGAGACUGCUGAGCUCUAAUGAGGACGACGCCAACAUCCUGUCCAGUCCAACUGACCGGUCCAUGAACAGCUCCCUCUCGGCCUCCCAGCUCCACACAGUCAACAUGAGGGACCCUCUGAACCGAGUGCUGGCCAACCUGUUCCUGCUCAUUUCCUCCAUCCUUGGCUCACGCACUGCUGGCCCCCACACCCAGUUUGUGCAGUGGUUUAUGGAGGAGUGUGUGGACUGCCUGGAGCAGGGUAGUCGGGGCAGCAUCCUACAGUUCAUGCCCUUCACCACCGUAUCAGAAUUGGUAAAGAUGUCUGCCAUGUCCAGCCCCAAGGUGGUUCUGGCCAUCACAGACCUCAGCCUUCCUCUGGGCCGCCAGGUGGCUGCCAAAGCCAUUGCUGCACUCUGAGGGCCUUGGAGUGGCAACGGGUAGCUGGGGAGGGUCACAGUCCCAGCACCUCAAAAAGAAACGGUGAAGUAAGAAGAGCCAUUGUUGUUCAGAAACACGUGAUGUAAGAGCCCUUCGUCACUUUGGAGAUCUUUCCCUGCUUCUGACUUCUGACUUCUAACACAUCACUAUUUGUAAUUUUCUCUCCUUUCUGCCGGUUCCUGAAGAGUAUGAGCAGUCUGGGUCCUCAACCCAGGUAGUCACUCCAUUCCAGGAGAAAGAAACUUUACAGAAGCAUAGUAUGUAUAAAAGUAUAUUUUUGUAACCUUCUAGGGGAGUCCAUCAGGACUCACUGGU